AUGACCGAAAAAAAAGAAUUGGAAAACCAGACUAAUAUCCAACCGAUAAUAUCGUUCACCAAAGAAGAUAUCGAAGAUAAUAAACCACAUGUUUUAACUACAAUCAUUUCUCCCUCUGGCAAGGAGAUUGCUAUUACCAAUGAUGUUGAUCAAGCUAUGAAGCUCGCUCUUGAGCACAAGGGUGAAACCAUCGAGGUAGACAGUGUUCAGGCAAGUAAAUUACUUCGAAAAAUUGAUUUGUACUUAUUACCCGUUAUGUGCUUGUUGUAUUGCUUUCAAUUCAUGGAUAAAUUAACAACAAGUUAUGCGUCAGUGCUUGGGUUAAGAAAAGAAUUAAAAAUGCAAGGUGACAUGUAUAGUUGGACGGCUACUGCAUUUUACUUGGGAUAUCUUGUCUUUGAAUUCCCAGCCUCAAUGCUUUUGCAACGAUUCCCCGUUGCUAAAACAGUGUCAGUUUUCAUUAUUCUUUGGGGGAUGAUAUUGGCUUUGCAUUCUGUUCCCCAAUACCCAGGGUUUGUUGCCUUGAGAACUAUUUUGGGAAUGUUGGAACUGAGUGUGACACCCGCCUUCACUAUUAUUACAUCUCAAUGGUACAGAAAGGAGGAACAAUUCCUUAGAACUGCGUGGUGGUUUGCUUCUAAUGGUAUAGGUACUAUUGUAGGACUGGCUAUUGCUUAUGGGUUAUUUAAAAAUAAUGGAAACUAUUCUUUACCAGCUUGGAAACUCGUGUUUGUCGUCACUGGUUGUUUGACGAUAUUCUUAGGAUUCAUAAUUAUGGUUCAUAUCCCUGACACACCAGCAGGUGCUUGGUUUUUAACAGACGAGGAAAAAUUAAUGGUAGUGGAACGUAUAAGAACUAAUCAACAAGGUUUUGGUAACACACAUUUCAAAAAGCAUCAAUUCAUCGAAGCAUUGACUGAUCACAGAACUUGGUUGUUUUUUUUGUUUGCCUUAUCUGGUAAUAUUCCAAAUGGAGGCUUGACAAGUUUUGGUACCAUUUUGUUAAACGAAGAUUUUGGUUACACCCCAUCUAAAUCGCUUUUGAUACAAAUGCCCCAAGGAGCUGUUGAAAUUGUUGGGUGUGUUUUGUUUGCUUGGGUUUGCAAAUUUUUCCCAUCACGUAUGUUGAUGGGUAUUAUUACAACAUCUAUUGCUGUCUUAGCAAAUUGUCUCUUGGCUUUUUGCAAAGGCACUAGUGCAAGAUUGGCUGGUUUCUAUCUUAAUUUGUUAGGGCCACUUGGGUUCAUUUGCUGUUUGUCAUGUGUAUCUUCUAACGUUGCUGGGCAUACAAAGAAGGUGACCACCAAUGCCAUGUUCUUGAUAGCUUAUUGUGUUGGGAAUUUAAUUGGACCACAAACAUUUAUCAGUACACAAGCACCAGGCUACACCGGAGCAAAAGUUGCUAUUGUUGUUUGUGGGUUUGUUUCAUUGUUUAUAUUGAUUGCAAUCUAUGUUUCUUAUUACAUUGAAAACAAGAAAAGAAACUCAAGACCACCAGUUGAUAUGAGUCAUAUUGAAAACUACGAGUUCGCCGACUUGACAGAUAAAGAAAAUCCAAAUUUUAGAUAUAGCAUUUAG